AUGAUAAAUAGAGUUUUAGUAAUCGUAGCUAUAUCAAUACACAUCAUAUUCCAAUGCAGUUUCAUAUAUUGCACAGGCCAUACGACAUCAAAGACUUCUGCGAGGAAAACCGCAUCACAAGUUCAACUGUUAAAAGAUAUCAUACGACGGAAAGCAUAUGAACAAGAAGCCCACGACCCGGAAAAAAAAUGGCUGAAGACAGAGGAUUGGAUUCAAAGUGUGAGUAAUAAAAAUAAUGAGAAAUCUCCAGAAAAAAAAGAAAAUCGUGUAAGAAGAUCUCAACGUAAAAAGACAACUACUCAGGUAUCACCAGAAGCAAGGAAAACUCAUAAAUCAAAACAUGAAAAUAAUGUUGAAAAAGGAGAAUUGCGCCGUCCCGAAAAAAUACACUCGAAAAACAUGGAUGACCAGCCAUUACAUCAAAAGAAAUCAGAUCUUCGUGAUUCGUUAAUUGCAGAGUUUGCAGAAAAAGCUCAAAUAGAAACAAAGAGUCUAAGAGGUGGAAGACCACAACUUGAAGAACUUGAUGAAGAAGGCCUAGAGAUCGACACACAAGGAGAAAGUAAUAAAGACAACCCGACUCAGGAUUGGAGAGAAAAUUACUCACAGCAAGGUCUACCAUGGGCUGGAAAUGUCGAAAAAUUAGCACACAGGCCGGUAAACCAAUUAGAAGAAGACAAUACGGAAUCGCAAUCGACAGAUCAAGAUGUAGAGAAACAAAUUCGAAUAUGGACAGAAGCUCAUCCAAAAAAAGAAAAUCAAGCUUUGAAGAAAAAACAUGGUAACUCGCCGUGGGCUAAUGAUCUUGCAGAAAAGGUAAUGCAGGAAUGGAAAGAAACUAAAUUAAAAAAUGAGCAUGAGCAACGAAAACAAAAACAGCAACAACCGCAAUUGACUUCUUUAGAGAGUGACAUCAAAGAACCAAUUAUUACCAAUCAGGAAUAUGAAAUAGUGACAGAAAUAAAUAAUUCAAACGAUGAAUCUGAUAAGUCAAGUGACUCCGAGGAGAAGGAAGUUGUCGAAAAAGAAGAGUUACAAAAUACUCAAAGCAGUUCAGAAAGGAAAAAAAUCUUAUUACCAACCAAUAGUGGUGGACAAAAGAAUUCAAAAAUAGUGAGUACAGAUCAUAGGCUUGGACAGAAAUUAGCAGAAAGCAUGUCAAACGAAGACAAAGUGCCUAAAAAAAUUGACUUUGUUCAAGAUAUGACCGAUAUUGCUAAUGACAACCAAACGCUUGCUGAAGAGGAGUCUAAGAAAUCUCUGCGUAAUUAUCUCUCGAAGAAAAGAAAUUUACACAGAAACAGUUCAAAUAAAUGUGUCCAUAAGAGACGAACCAUUGGAGACCCUAUAUCUAGCAGUGGACGGAACCAGGCUGAUGAUGAUAAUUAUAAUGAUGAUGAUGAUGGUGAUGAUAAUGUGCUAUGUCAUAUACGAGAAUCGACUUGCAUGGGAUUAAAAUGUGUGGCCAGAUGUUCCGGCGACAACUGUCUGAGAUUUACGAAUCGACCUCCUGAAUCAGAAGCUAUACCACCGAAGACACCAGAUUCCACCUUCAGUGGUGGUGAACCAAGUUAUGAAUACGAAGACUAUGGUCUCGCACCUGAUGAUCCAUAUAAUAUAUUUUACGAUGCAAAAAUCCAUAAGGAACCCAAUGAUGAGAAUAUAACACUAACAUACGCCAUAAGUUUCCAACUUAACGAUGAAUUCGUUGAUUCCUUAAAGGAAAAGCUUAAUAAGUUAAGGCAAAGCAAUCUGUUGCGACAACUGCCUAAGAUAUUGAGUAAAAUUUAA